AAAGAUGAAAAAAUUGAGUGGGCAAGCCCAACACCCUCUUUUCCACGGUAUUGUCGACCUUUAAGGUUCCGAUUCGUUAAAGAGACUAUUGACAUAACGGAAGAAGAAAUUACUUUUGUGAAAAAUCUGCUGUCGCUAAACGCAACAGAGGUGGACUUAAAUGGAACACAAUUUUUGGUUAAACAUGUGUUUAUUAUGACAAUGGUAGACGGAAAGGUCUGUAAUGCUACUACUGGUACAAAAUCUACAAGCCGAUGUUACAUGUGUGGUGCAACCUCUAAGGACUUCAACCAAUUAGAUUUUGAAAACCAGAUUAAUCAUGAAGCUACAGAGUUUGGGCUUUCAGUUGCAAGGAUUCAUGUUGAAAGGAUUCAUCUUUUUAAAAGCAUUCUCCACUUGGCUUAUAAAUUGCCAGUGAAAAAAUACAGAGAGAGAAAAACAGAAACGGAAAAAUAUAUUGUAAAAGAAAGAAAACUGGAAAUCCAGAAAAGAUUUUGCAAUGAAACUGGUUUGUUGGUGGAUAUAUCAAAGGCAAAUUUUGGCUACACAAAUGAUGGAAAUACGAGCCGAAGAUUUUUUGAAGACCCUAAAGUGGCUUUCGAAAUAACGGGCAUUAGUUAUGACCUAAUUUAUAAAUUAGAGGUCAUACUAAAAACGAUUUCGAGCAGAUAUCUAAUUGACCCGGAAAAUACGCAUUAG